AUGGACGACUUCGAACAGCUCCAAUUCCUUGGCCGUGGCGGCUACGCCAGAAUUCCAAGAGCAAAGAUCGUCACAGAACAGCAGAAAUUGCGUCUGGAUGCGGAAAAGUCGAUUCUGCUCAAAAUCAAGAGCCCGUUCCUGUGUCGAGGCUUUCAGGUUUUUGAAACGACGGCCGAAGUGUCGAUUUUGCAGGAAUACAUCGAAGGACGAGCGCUGUACGAGUGUAUUUGGAAGUACAGAGACACCGGGAGGUUCCCGGAACACGUAGCCAAGUUUUUCGCGGUGCAACUGGUCUUGGCGCUGCGAGAUCUGCACGCGCAAGGAUACGUUCAUCGAGAUUUUAAGAGUGGAAAUGUGUUGGUGGGGAAGAGUGGAUUUGUCAAGGUAAUAGACUUCGGGUUGUCCAGAAAGGUUGUCGCAGAUGGAAAAGUCGACGACUACUCUGGACGAACACAGUCGGUGUGCGGCACUCACUACGUGAUGGCGCCAGAAAUGUUUUUCAAGGAGUCUUAUGCCUUUGGUGUUGACUGGUGGAGUCUGGGUGUCGUUAUCUAUGAAAUGGUAGUUGGGCGGCCACCGUGGGAGUAUCAGUGUCCGGCUGACAGCACAAUGGAGCAGUAUUUCACACGGAUUACGUGUUCAGCGGAAUCUCCAUUCCAGACUUCGGACGGACAAGUUGAGACGCUUGCAAGAUCAUUGAGCCCUGAUCUACAUUCAUUGAUACGGUAA